AAUCAUUUUGUUAAAUAUUGUUCUCAAGCCUUGAAUUUUGGAUAAUUUUUAAGUGAUGUAAUUCAUUUUGAAGGAGCAAUUUACAAGUCUUUCUCUUUGAGAGUCGGAAGAAAAUUGCCUAAGAAAAAUUCUGACAGAUCGUAAACGCAGCGAAAUUUUACAAAGUGCAAUUGAAAGCAAAAUAGCAUGAUAAAAUAAAUUUCAUGACAACGAAAUAAAAAUUAGUCUUAUGGAAUGGGAUUCUGUCUCAUCGAAUAUUAAGUUAAAGUCCGGCACGGUCAAAAACCUGACGUGUACACCGGUCUGAUCCGCCGCCAAGUAGGUCAACCGGCGUAUGUGAGAGUGUGAGACUGAGUAAAAAGAAAAAAAGAAACAUCACAAGUUUACAGGACAAGAGGUGGAGGGAGAAAGAGAGAGAGAGAGAGAGAGAGAGAGAGAGAGAGAAAGACAGAAAGAGAGAGGCGAGGGAAAAAGAAGAAAUGGCGUGCCGCAGGCAGCGCCCGUGAAGUCGGCUCUCCUGAUGUCCAGUGGCUCGUUGUAGGCUUGUGAUCCAAAAUGGCAGAUAUCAGUAGGCACCACAGCUCGCUUCGAAUUGAAGACGACCGGUCCAGGUGUGCGGAAUCCUGAAGAAAGGGUCCACGCGAUAUCGCGUCCUUGACAUUCGCGUUCUUGAUCUUGCUAGGAGAAGCGCGGGGUUGCCAGAGCAGUCGAUGAUCAUGGAGGGACCCAAUGGAUCGAAGGUCCUCGUGACCUUGACGAUCCUUGCACUGUCCGGAGUAUUGGCCAUACAGAACGAUAAAACAUCUUCUCGAAUGUCUCGGGAAAAUAUGGUGUUGAGUGCUAGUGCUUACACUGGUCCUGAAAAAACAUCCAGUAGGAGUCACCCAGACGAGUCUUGGACUUUCCAAAGAACCGUCCCGGCGUUUCAGCUAGAAAGCUCGAAAAACGUUAACGAUUACGACAGGGAGGAGACCAGAAUUGUGUUCAAGGAUACGAGUCACGACGAAUCUAUCAACGAGCUAACAUCGUCAAAGCAUGUAGCCCAUAUCGACGGUAAUAACAUCGAGACGAAAGCCGGCGAGUACUACCAUAGUAUAGUGCCUACCACCAGCGAAUCGAUGUCGGGGGAAGGACAAGGGGCUCCGCUGAGAGUAGAUCUCCUGUCGGAGCCCCAUCAGCUGGUUGGCGCGCCGAGGCAACGAGCACAGCAUUUGCCAGCGGAUCAGCAACGGCGAGGUCGUCAAGAGACCUCGAGGACCUAUAGCGUACCGCCGAUCUUGCAAACCGCUCCACCAGGUAGACAAGCAAAUCCCGAUAUACAGGACAUUAUCACCGGUAUCGUCAAGUUGCUCAAUGGCAAUGUAAAUGUAGCCGCGAACACCGUGAGGCCGUUGAGGCCGAUACAAGCCACGAGAAUCAAUAACAGAGGACCACCCAGAAUAUCGGAUGUGCCUCCAUUACCAUCAGACUUUGACACUCCUGGCAUGAAUCCACCGCCACCACCGUCGUCACAUCCUUAUCCAUUCGAAAAGCCUCCUGCACCUGACAGACCGUUGUUGCCACCAGACAGACCCAUUAGGCCCUUUAUCAGCGGAGUGCCAUUACCAGAACAAGUCGUGCCGCCUUGGAAUUGGGAUUCUUCUUAUAAUGGGAACAGACGACCGUCACCUUACCCUCCGUUAUCGUCAUUGGAUUCCUCCUUCCACCGCGACAAAAACCUUUCAACGACGGAGAACUCGCAGUAUGAUUUAAAACCGGAAUCCGAAACGCCUCAGGAGAGCUCCACGAUAAAGAAAGAUGCCAGUCAUCAAGAAACACUUAUCGAAGACAACGAUACUAAGAAUUAUGCGAGUAAUUCUAGCAAAGAUCACAUCGAAACCACGGUGGCGGCCGAUGAUUCAACUAUUCAGAAUGCAACCAAGAAAUACGAACCCGAAGAGUCUACAAAGAAGCCUAUUAAUCACAAAUAUCAUACACCGUCGAAGGAAAACAAAAUCAACAGUGAGGAAACAUUGAUCCUUGGUCUUGCUACGGACGUCACUUCGACUCACACGAUACCACAUCUGGAGUCUUCGGUAGCGUCUUCGAACAGUGAGAUCAAAGUUACGAAAUCUUCGAAAAACGAAGAAAAAACGUUUUUGACAUCCAAAGGAGAAAAAUCGACCGAAAAAGUUACCUCGACCACCUCGAAGACUUUUUCGACCAGCACCUUGAAUAUCGAGACCAGUUCGUCGGUCCAAGUGAUCGAAUCUAUGUCGACAAGAGUCGUCCUUCGACCAACCGCGACUACCGUGAAAUCAAGUGUUGAUACCAAGUUUGGUGUGAGUUUGGAGCCUAGUAGCACAUCAGAUAUCGAAUACAUAGAAACAACGUCCAGCGUUUCGACACCGACCGAAGGUCUCCCUACGACUUACUCGAAGAACUUGGUCACGACGGAGAAGAACAUUCAUCCCACGACUUCGAUAUUCACAAAAAAUACAGGAUCCACUGAACGAUAUCGUCCGCGACCUGGGAUUGUCCUGGAUGAUACUUUGGAUUAUACUGGAGCGCAAGGAUUACCAAGUCAAAGACCUUAUGUACCCUCAAGACAUCCAUCCUUUGGUGACGUCUUUGAUGUAACAGUUUCGGCUAUUCAAGGACCCGGAGGAAGUUCUGGGGAGAGCGUUAGAGUGUCUCUAAAUUCAGGCGGCAGCGGUGGUGACGUCAUAUUAACUUCUGCAAUAGGCGGAGAAGGUUUUGUGAGUAUUGACGGUAAAAGAACGUAUCUGAAUCUAUUCGAUACUACGGAACGGACGCCCGCACCUACCCAUGUACAACCACAACCACCAAGAACGCAACCGCCAUCCAUCAUCGGUACUGGUCUUGCUAUUCCACAACCGGACUCUCCUGUUGCCACUUCCCGUCCGAAUGUACCAAAUCGGAGGCAACCACCAUUAUAUCGAAGACCGACGCAGCCACCUGUCAGAAUAGACACUUGUAUCGUAGGCGACACAAGUACAUGCGACGCAAGUCAACACGAAGCUUGCGCGACGGUUCAAGGAGUAUCAGCUUGUCACUGCAAGCCAGGAUAUGCGAGAUUGCAACAUUCGCUGCCAUGCAAAAAGAUCGUCAGUAUUGUCGUGUCAAUUAGAGUUGACAAAUUUUAUGACAAGAAAGUCGUAUGGGACCGAGGACUAGCUGACAAGGACUCGGAAUCUUAUCAAACCCUUGCUUAUGAGGCCAAUAGAGCCGUUGAAUCUGCCAUGUCUAUGACACCAUUUUCGGAUGAAUAUAUGGGAUCGCUGAUAAACAAUGUAUAUCAAGGAGACGUGAGUCAAGGACAAGGCGGAGUUUUCGUGAAUGCAACCCUGAAAUUAACUUACGAACCGAGAACAAUUAGGUCAAGCUUAGCCGGUGAGCUUCAAAGACAUCUGCUAGGUGUUAUUCAUAGAAGAAAUAACAACAUCGGAAACAGUGCCCUGUUUGUGGAUAGCCCACCAGGAUCCAUAUCGAACUUGCAAGAUUUAGACGAAUGCGUUUCGUCGGAGUUGAACGAUUGCCAUUCGUCCUCCAGCUGCACUAACACUUUCGGCGGUUUCACGUGCACAUGUAAUUCAGGAUUGAAGGAUCCUCAUAAAAAUGAUCUUAAUGAAUCCGGCAGAACGUGCUUGUCGUGUCCCUCGACCUAUUGCAAUAAUCGCGGCACUUGCUCCUAUCAAGGAGACCAGAUGCACUGCAAAUGCACCGGCAAUUAUUACGGCACACAAUGCGAGGUCGACGGUGAAGUUCUGGGCGUCGCUAUAGGCGCAUCGGUGGCUGCGUUAAUAAUCAUAAUUCUGACUCUAGUCUGUCUCGUUAUGUGGAGUCGUAAGUGGUCUCGCGAACAAAAGUCUGCGGGUUCUCCGGUGUACGGUUACAUCCAAGGUGGAAUACCUGGUACUCUCCCAGGAACUUUAGCGAGGGUUGGUUCUGUAGGCACUUUGGCGUCUGUAAAACAAGGACCGCCAACGAAUUUGCCACCUUACAUGUGGGCUCAUUUUGGGGAACACAUGGCUACUGCGAAUCUCUAUGCGACCGAACCCAUGGGCCCUACACGACCAAGCUCAGCGAUGUUCGGUUAUCCACCUAUAAGCGUUCACGGAACGUUGCCUCCGGUCCCAUUACCGCGACUUCAGGCCCCAUCACGGCCGAGACAAAGACCCCAACCAGAUCCGGAUAGCUCAGAUUCUGAGCCGCAAGAUAAAGACAGAGCUGACCUAAUUCCUCAGAGCAGUGGUUUUCACGUGCCGAGGCCAAAGUCGAGAUCUUCAUUAGCGAAUCAAAGCGGCAUCUAUAAUGACGUGGAGUACGACCAGGGUGAUGUUCAUCAUUUAUCGAAGAAUAACAUCCCAAUGUCUACUUACAGACCGUAUUACAGAACGUGAAAUUCGUUGCGAAUGGUGUAAGCGUACGUGUCAAGGGACUGCACUAAAUAACCCAUCGCAAAUUUAUCGUCUAAAGUGCUCAAUAAAUAGUGCAUUAGGACACGGUGUGGUGCUGCUGCUGCUGGUGCUGGUGUAAAGUAAUCCCACGGUAGAAGCUGUAACUCGUUUCAGAGUCGUCUGAACAAACGAACCGAACGUAGGAAAAUUUGCACACGUGAUGUGGAAGUGAGCCUAUUCGUAAUCUUGCUCGCUAUAAAGUCGUGUUCUUGUAGUCACGCGAUAUCGUAUUUGCGAAAGAUCGAUUAACUGUAAUAAUAAGUGUAAUACGCAGAUAUUUAUUAUCUAUUCAGUUUCGUUAUUUGAGUUAAUAUUUUGUAAAAUUGAAAAGUUCAUUCUCAUAUUAGAUAGUUUUAAAGAGAGACACAUAU